UAAUCGCAAAAGCGUACGUUGUGGACGAAUUAUCUCCUUCAGUUGUAGUUUGUCAAUACACUAGACUGUCAUAUCUACCAAAUAUGUAUAGCAACGUGCCAAGUACAGCAAGUUCUCAGGAAUCUCUGAUGUCACUCAGCUCAGACGAAGGUCAAGGAGGUAGCGACUUGGAUAAUAUUAAUGUAGUGGUCAGAGUUCGUCCCUUAGCUAGUCAUGAAGUUGGAAAGAAAGACAUCCAGGCUGUACAAUUUCCAGGAGAAGGACAGAUCAUGGUUGAUGACCAGAUCAAUGGGCAUUCUCGUGUUUACACCUUUAAUGUUGUAUUUGAGCCAGAAGCUAGUCAAGAAGAUGUCUUUGAAUUCUCAGGACUUAAGAGGCUGGUUGAUAUGGCUCUUGAUGGAUUUGCUUGUACAGUUUUGGCUUAUGGACAAACUGGAGCAGGAAAAACGUACACUUUGACAGGACCACAGGGAGAAGGUGCAGGAAUUAGCCAUGAACCUGGUGUUAUUAAUCUUGCAUUCUCCUACCUGUACGAAGGAAUCAAACAGAGGAAAUCAGAGGAUUUCGUUAUCCAUGCUUCCUAUUUAGAAAUUUAUAACGAGCACGUCUUAGAUCUGCUGAAUCCUUCUCCAAAACAUCUACCUGUGAGAUGGUCUAAAGACAAAGGUUUUUAUGCAGAAAACUUGUUUGCUGUAGAAUGCGAAGAUGAAGGUGACCUCCAAGGAGUUUUAGAAGAGGGAAAGAAAAACCGACAAGUACGAAGUCACAACAUGAACGAGCAUUCCAGCCGGAGCCACACUCUUCUAGUGCUGACACUAACAGCAGAGACUCGAGACCUUGAUGAUCCACACACCUUCAUCCGUAGACAAGGCAAGUUGUCUCUUGUAGACCUCGCAGGCUCUGAAAAAACCAAGAAAACCAACAGUAAAGGAGAAACUUUGGUGGAGGCCAACAACAUCAAUAAAUCUCUGUUAGUUCUUGGGAAUUGUAUAUCGGCUUUGGCUGAUCCAAGAAAAAGAAGUGGACACAUACCGUACAGAGACAGCUGUUUAACCAAACUUUUGGCGGAAAGUCUUGGCGGUGGAGGAAUGGCCCUUAUGAUCGCUUGUGUUUCUCCCAGUAGAACUAAUGCACCAGAAACCAUCAGCACCCUUCGAUAUGCUUCCCGAGCUAAGCGAAUCAAAACCAAACCCAUUGUGAGGAUGGAUCCCAGAGAACAAUUGAUCAUGAGUCUGAAAAGAGAAGUGAAACUUCUAAGAAUGGAAAAUACUUACUUAAGACAACAGACAAAUUUGGUGAACGGGAUAAAUGUUAUUAUGAACCAAGGAGGACGAGAAAUCACAGUUGAAGAUGGUAAUACAGGAAAUCAAAAAGAAUUAGAAAAAGAUCUAACUACCAUGGUUAACAAUUACAUGCAAGAAAAUGAAAAUCUCAGGGCAGAAAAUGCUCAACUUCAUCAAAUGCGAGAGUUGUUGAUACGCGACCAUGAGUUAGUUUGUAAGGAGAAUGAACGUCUCAUGAAGAAGCUAGCUGAUAUGGAACAAGGUUUGGUUCGAUCUCCGACACAUGAAGAGUGCCGACAAAAUCCCCGAUCUGACUCAACAAUGUCUUCUGCUAUGAGUUUUGGAAACUCUGGAUUGUGGAAGUCGUUAGCCAAUAUUAGCAAGGAGAGAGAAGCUGAGAAACCUGGCUCUUCCAAUGGCGAAAGAAAACCACCACAC